AAUGGAUGGUAAAACUUUGUCUAGAUCCAUUAAAACUUGGACAAAAAUUUUAGAAGGAUUUCAACAUUUCGAAAAAAUGACAGGCACAAAGAAAAAUAAAGCAAUAAUUAAAGAAUUUGUUGUACAUUAUCUAAUCAAUAUCACAGAAUCUAUGGGACCUGAUUGGACAUUUUAUUUAGAUCCAAGUUCCAGCUAUCAACUUCGCCCAUCUUUGUACUACAAUUUCGCAAAUUCAUACAGACACACAUUUAUAGCUGAUGCUCUUGUAGAUUCUAAAAGCGUAGAUGAAUUCAAUAAGGACUUAAACUUUAUAUACAAGAAAGGAGAUACCAGCAAAUUUAUCUUUGAGUUGGUUGAAACUCUUUCAAAUAGCGAUUGGAGAAAAAUUGCUGACACUCUUCAAGAAUUUGCUAAUCUUUUGAUUGAGAAUAAAGAUACAACUAUUCUCAAGAAUUUAAAGAAGAUAUACAUGAUUUUGCCUCUCGCUAGUUAG